CUCAAAGACAAAAACCCAAGCAAAUAUAAUAAAUAAAACACAAACAGAUAAAUCAAGUUCCCCUUGGAUGUAUAUUUAUAUGUAUAUUCUCUCUCUUUCUGUUUCUCUUGCUUCUUCUCAUUGAUCGUUCAAUCAACCGAAACCACCUUCUUUCCAUGGCUCAAACGCAUCUCAUUAAAGAUCCCAACACGAACACAAAUCUAGCAAAUGAUUUGUCGUUGAACUCCGCCUUUCUCUUACCCAACGGCUUCAACAUCAAUUCAGUAACUACAGGGUAUCAGAUUUCUGAUAUAGAGAUGAUCAAGUUACAGCCCGCAACCUACACAAGUUUAAAGGAUUUGUUACCGGCGUCGCCGCCGUCGAUUAUUUCACCGACGCAAAACUCCAGCUGGAGCGAGAUCCCCAUCAAGAACCCGCUUGUUAAACACGCGGCGUUGGCCUAUUUGCAGCCCAUGUCGAGCCCCCCGGAGGCAGGGGACAAAGGAUUGUUUGGGAAACUCAGGGACUCGUUUUGCUGUCAAUGUGAGUGCUUUUCCUGGAUAAACGACGUCGUGUUUAGGAGUGUAAAGGAGGUGUUCUGGAAUGGACAUAUUGAGGAUGAAGAUGAAGAUGAUGAGAAAGUUGACUGAGAUGGACAAUUUUGGAAGCUAUAAGUUUGACUGGUAGAUUAGCGGUUCAUUCAACUUGUAAAUACCAAUUUCAUUAUUAUUUUUUUCAGGUGAGUUUCUUUUUUUAAUUUUUUUUGGGUGGGGUGACGUGUAAUUAAAACAUAGAAAAUUAUUGAAUACCAACUCUCAUUGAUUUUUAU